UCCAACACUAAGAGUCUUUUGGGGUUUGUUAUCAUGUCUGGACGUGGAAAGCAAGGUGGCAAAGCUCGCGCCAAGGCAAAGUCGCGGUCCUCUCGGGCUGGUUUGCAGUUCCCAGUGGGCCGUGUACACCGGCUUCUCCGAAAAGGCAGCUAUUCGGAGCGAGUAGGAGCUGGAGCACCGGUGUAUUUGGCCGCUGUAUUAGAGUAUCUGACAGCCGAGAUCUUGGAGCUAGCUGGCAACGCGGCUCGGGAUAACAAGAAGACGCGCAUCAUUCCCCGGCAUCUUCAGUUGGCCAUACGCAACGACGAGGAACUAAACAAGCUGCUGGGCAAAGUCACCAUAGCCCAGGGUGGCGUCCUGCCUAACAUUCAGGCGGUGCUGCUGCCCAAGAAGACCGAAAGUCACCACAAAGCCAAGGGCAAAUAAAUAAUUUGAGUCAAUCCUGCA